AUGAUGAUUUAUCUGUUCAUUCAAAAUUUUUAAGUAAAAAUUUAGAUUAACUCACAUUUACUAUUAAUUUUGUUAAUAAAUAUUAUUUUAUAGGAAAUUAAUUGGUUAACAAAUGGUUUGCUCAUAUUCUGGUUUUCAAUAAAGAGGUUAAUCUUAUCAGCGUUUAUUUAUCAUGUGCGCAAAAAUAUCAAAUUUGUUAAUUUUGUUAGCACUUUAAUUCUAUCAGAAGAUGCUUACUACUAUUUAAACAAAGUAGAAGAUGAUUAAUAUUAAAAUCUUUUAACUUAUAUUCCCUCAAAUAUUAAAAGUUCUUAUGAAAUAAUUUAUAUAAAUUCUUUUACUUAUUUCUUGAAAAUAGCUUAUUUGUUCAUCUAUCAUAAAUAAAUAUGUGAAAAUCAAUUUAUCUUGUUAUGGAUGACAUUUUCUAUCGGAUUAGAUUUAUUUCAUAAAUUAAUUCACAGAUACAAUGAUCAGGCACCCUACGCUGACAUACAGAGAAACCUUUUAAAUCAACUGGACUUCUCAUUACUAUAAUAACCAAAGUUUUUACUAAAAUAAUCAAUGAUCUAAGCUUUUCAUAUGAUGACUUGUUUGACAUUAUUAAUGUAGUUUCCUAAUUGGUUAUUACUUAUUUACUCUGUGUUUUUCAUAAUUAUGGUGCUUUGCUAUUAUUUUUUAAGCAUAAGAAAGAGACUUUAAUAUUUGUAAACAAAUAUUUUCCAUCCUAAUUCUAGCUUAGCUUAAAUUAUUUUUCAUAUUGAUACUUAAAGUUUAAAAUUUAGACUUGAAAAAAAUCAAUUGAAAUCUAUAUGUUAAAUUUCAUCUAUUAAAUAUUCUCUGAUCCAAAAAACUUUUCUUUUAACUUUAUAUAUAUUCUACUUGAUAAACUUAGAUGAUAUUAUCACUUUUUAGUACUUUUGUUUGAGCUUAAUUGGACUCUCUGUGCUUUUAACGAUAGUAAAAUAUAGAGAGUAUUAGAAUCUAAUUAAUGGAAAAAAUCCUACAUUUCUUGAAACAGAUAAUGUUAACUAGCUAAGAAAAUAUAUUCAAUAAUAAGAAUAAACAGAAAUUAGUUAAAAUUUGAUAAACUUUGAUAAUGUUAAAUAAGUUGAUAUUUAUAUCAAUCCAGAAACUUUUAUAAAUUAAACUGAUCUUCUAGAUACUUUGCUCUGUUCAAGUAGUUUUAAAUGCUGA